AUGGAAAGUCCAGAAAUCGAGUCUAUUGUGCCUCUACUUGGAAUAAUUCAUGAAAAGCCGGAUCCUCCAGCUACGCCUGUUACCAUUGCUGUUGUUGGCGCCGGCCAAAGAGGUAAAGGAUAUGCUUACUAUUCUAUGGAGAAUCCUGAAUGGCUUAAGAUAGUUGCGGUGGCCGAGCCAAAUGAUUUUAAAAGAGAGAAUAUGAAAAAGCAAUAUUCGAUUCCAGACAAGAAUGUAUUUAAUGACUGGUGUGAUUUAGCUAGCCGUCCUAAACUAUGUGAUGCGGUGAUAAUUUCUACUUUGGAUAAUUUACAUACAGAACCAGCAAUAGCUUUUGCUAAUCUUGGUUAUCAUGUUCUAUUGGAAAAACCAAUGGCUGUCACACUUGAAGAUUGUCGCUUAAUUACCGAAGCCGCUAUUCAAAAUGAAAUUAUCUUUGCUGUGUGUCACGUGCUUCGAUAUACACCUCAUAAUAGGCUUAUUAAACUCAUCAUCGAUUCUGGUAUCCUUGGUGAUAUUGUGAAUAUUCAACACAUGGAACCUGUAGGAUUCUGGCAUUUUGCGCAUUCGUAUGUUCGCGGUAAUUGGAGAAACGAAAAAGAAGCAUCCUUUUCUUUGAUGGCAAAGAGUGUAAGCUCUUUUGGAAACUUAAGACAUUUCCGUGCAAGCAACAAGCCUAAAGAUGCUGGUGAUGCAAAACGAUGUUUAGAUUGUGCAGCAGAACCUUCUUGUCCUUAUUCAGCUAAAAGAAUUUAUCUUGAUCGCGCGAAACGGGGGUCUCGUGGGUGGCCUGUAAGUGUGAUAACAGAUAUUGAAGAUAUUGAAAAUGUCACCAAAGCUUUGGAAAAUGGUCCGUAUGGUCGUUGUGUGUAUGAAUGUGACAAUGAUGUAGUGGAUAAUCAAAUUGUAAAUAUGGAAUUUGAAAAUGGUACAACAGCUUCUUGCACUAUGAUAGCGUUUACUGAAUCCAUUUGUGCUAGAAAGACAAGGUAG